CAGGGUGAGAUUUUCUUAUUGAUUUACGGUGUAGGAAAGUGCUUAACGUGAGAAUAUCGGCUGUAAUAUCCUGCGUCUUCUGCUAGUAGUAGGCCUACAUACAUCAUAUUUGACUCUUGUUUAUUUGUACGUUCGCAUACCGCGCAUGUUUAAUGUAAAUUCUUUUUCAUUAAUCUCGCAAACCCAUCUGCACUCGUAUAUACGCCGUGUUCUGUUGACAUACAAGCCUCGGGGUUUUACGGUGGUGUAUAUUUCAAAUCGUUUUAUAGACCAGAAACCGCCACGGGGCUUAUGUUAGAUUUACCACCAUUGGAUGACACUUAAAUGUGUUAAAGAGUUUGUCUGCUGAAAUGUGUGACAGUGUGUAAUCUUAAAUAAUCUUUUGUUCGUGUUUUGUUAUAUAGAUGGUUACAUAAUAGCCGCCUCAAUAUAAAUAUAUAUGUAGCUGAUAUUUCAGCUAUUUUGACAGGAGAGUCAUUAAGGCGUGAUUCCGGUUAUAUCCGAUUGCUAUCAUCUGGAGACAAUUUUAAUUUAUACAGUGUUUAAUAUAUGACUGUAGCGUCAGGACAUAUUUUAAGACGACAAUGUCGCUAGGAGACCUUUUACCGCUGCAAUUCUACGAGGUUGCCUUUUUAGGCGCCUUUCUGUUUGUACCAGUUGUUGCCUUUCGCGGAGAUUUAGAAAACUACUUUUUCGGUGUGCUGGUACUGUACAUGUUACUGAGGGUUAUAAAGAAUCGAAAGAAAUCCAAACUUUCAAGUGAUGGGAAGGCUGUCUUUAUUUCAGGAUGUGACUCGGGAUUCGGAUACAUGGCAGCAGAGAAGUUCGACAAAGAGGGGUAUUCUGUGUUUGCCGGAUGUUUUAACGAAAAUGGUGAAGGUGCUAGUAAUUUAAAGAAAAACUGUUCGGAUAAACUCAAGCUUGUUGCUUUGGAUGUAACUGACGAUAAAAGCGUGGCUUCAGCAGGAAAGUUCGUCAGAAAUAAUCUAGGAGAUUUACAAUUAUGGGGCGUUAUUAACAAUGCUGGCGUGUAUGGACAUGGUGAUGUUGAAUUAUGCCCAAUUGAAACAUUCAAGUCUGUAGUAGACGUAAACUUCUUUGGCAAUGUUCGAGUUACACAGGAGUUCCUACCUCUAGUAAGGAAUUCAAAAGGUAAAAUACCAUAUUGCUGAUUGUCAAAAUGUGUU